UGUCUCCGGACCUCAAGGAUAACAUUCCUGUCCUUUCCAUUGGCCGCCCCGCUGCUGCAAGCCUCUUCCCGUCUUAUUUUGAUGAUGAAUAUGAAGGCAUGCUAAGCUGUGCCGGAGAGCAGCUCUCGCCGACUGCACUCCCGCCCCGGGCUCAAGGACUCCAGAGCUCCCCGGCUGCUUCCUCUGCCCACUGCCAGCAGCAGCAGCAGCAGCAGCACAGCAGCAGCAGCAGCAACGCCAAAAGUUGUGAUGCUUUUCUUCACCCAGUGCUUUGGGGCUGUGUUAGAUCUUAUUCACCUGCGGUUUCAGCACUACAAGGCAAAGAGGGUUUUCUCAGCUGCCGGGCAACUUGUCUGCGUCGUCAACCCAACACACAGCCUCAAGUAUGCACCGACCCGCUGUGCAGCUGCGCAGGCGUCCACAGAGCAAGGCAUCCUUCCUCCCUGCCAUCACCACGAAGCGGUGCACGACCCCCAGCUGGUCCCCUGCACGUGCCCGCUCUUCUCCUGCCCGUGGGAAGGGCAUCUGGAGGUGGUGGUGUCCCACCUGAGGCAGACCCACCGCAUCAACAUCCUUCAGGGCGCAGAGAUUGUCUUCCUGGCCACGGACAUGCACCUGCCCGCACCCACGGACUGGAUCAUCAUGCACUCUUGCCUUGGCCACCAGUUUUUGCUGGUCCUCAGGAAGCAGGAGAAGUACGAGGGCCACCCCCAGUUCUUCGCCACGAUGAUGCUGAUCGGCACGCCCACGCAGGCCAACAACUUCACCUACCGGCUGGAGCUCAACAGGAACCAGAGGCGCCUCAAGUGGGAGGCGACCCCCAGGUCGAUCCUGGAGUGUGUUGACUCUGUCAUUUCAGAUGGCGAUUGCCUUGUGCUGAACACUUCCCUGGCUCAACUCUUUUCUGACAACGGAAGCCUAGCGAUAGGAAUUGCGAUAACCACCAGCAAAGUUCACAGCUCUGAAGCUGAAAUGUGAUGGGGAGGAGGAAGAGGAGGAGGAACAACAGCAACAAUAAUGGUGCUCUAGCUGCCUUCUGAGAGCCAGAACUCACAGACUUUUUAUGGGGCGGGUCUCGGGUCUUUUAUGGUAUUUAGUACUUGUCCACAGUGGGCAU